CCAGCGCUGUGGAGCAGAAGGAACAGCCUUUUUGCCGCUGAUCCUGACUGUCCCGUCUUUGAGAAAGGAUCCCUCCCCACCCCCACCUCCCUACGGCGCAAACAGAAAUCGAGUCACUGUAUAUAUUCCUUGGUUCUUGCUUCCUUGGGAAGCAUGAGUCUGUUGGAACUUGAGACAAGAAGAAAACAAGGUAUCUCUACAACACAACCCAGACACUAAAAAGAGGUCCCAAAUUUUGGAGAGCCAGGACACAAACAUGACGGACAGUGGCUGCAGGGACCCUGUGGAAGACUCUCAAAAGGAUUUAGAAAACAAUCCCACAGUCCACUCUCAAGCACAGGGCACCACAGUCUCACCAAGUGACCCUGGAGAAGCCCAGACCCUACCUCCUGCCUCUGAUCUCAAGAACGACCCUCAUGAGGCAGGGGCCAAAGGUCCAGAGCAUGCAGACACAGGUGACAGGUCAGAGAAUUCAGAGAAGACGAUGUCAGACAAGCAUUGCAUGGAUAAAGCAGAGCACAAGAGCAUCCCGGGCUCUCAGGACACAGAGCAGGGGCAUCGCCACCCCUCGGAACACCUGGGUGGAGAGGCCCUGCAUCUGGAUCCUCACUGCUCUCAAAGCAGCGAGGGGGGAAGAGGAGAUGCCCAGCUGGGGAGCAGCGCUGCAGCUGCCCCCGAGGGAGCAGGAGACAGAUGGGAAGCUGCCCAGGAGCCUCUUGCUGCAGACUCCACCGACGGCCCGAGUUGUGGUUACCCCAGUGCAGGCCCAGGGAGCCAGGACCACCUGAGAAGGCGACUGCCUGUGCCAGACUCACAAAAGGAUUUAGAAAACGAUCCCACAGUCCACUCUCAAGCACAGGGCACCACAGUCUCACCGAGUGACCCUGGAGAAGCCCAGACCCUACCUCCUGCCUCUGAUCUCAAGAAUGACCCUCAUGAGGCAGGGGCCAAAGGUCAAGAGCAUGCAGACACAGGUGACAGGUCAGAGAGUUCAGAGGAGACGACGUCAGACAAGCGUUCCAUGGAUAAAGCAGAGCACAAGAGCAUCCCAGGCUCUCAGGACACAGAGCAGGGGCAUCGCACUGCAGCUGCCCCCGAGGGAGCAGGAGACAGAUGGGAAGCUGCCCAGGAGCCUCUUGCUGCAGACUCCACCGAUGGCCCGAGUUGUGGUUAUCCCAGUGCAGGCCCAGGGAGCCAGGACCGCCUGAGGAGGCGACUGCCUGUGCCAGAGGAUGGAAGUCCUGAAGAAGAGACGCAGUCAGUGAGGGAAAAGGAAGAGGCUGCACAGGAAAGACUGAGGAAGACAGACAGCAGGAGUCUCUGGAGCUAUGGUCCUGUGUUUCUCGGCUUCCUGAUUGUGGCUUUUGUGCUACAUUCCGUUAGUAGCUACUAUUUCUCCCCGGCCCAGCAAGCGCCCCAGAACGCAGCCCUGGAGGCUUUCCUGGCUCAGUUUAGCCAGCUGAAGGAUCAAUUUCCAGGUCAGAGUUCCUUUCUGUGGCAGCGAGGACGGAAGUUUCUCCAGAAGCACCUCAAUGCCUCAAGCCCCACUGAGCCUGCCACCAUCAUCUUUACAGCCGCUCGAGAGGGACAGGAGACCCUCAAGUGUCUGAGCCACCAUGUUGCCAACGCCUACACCUCUUCCCAGAAAGUGUCUGCUGUCUCCAUAGAUGGAGCCGAAAGAGCCCUGCAGGACAGUGACACUGUCAAGCUGUGGGUGGACUUGGAGCUUAGCGAUGGAUUUGAGAAUGGCCAUAAGGCUGCCGUCGUCCACCGCUUCGAAUCCCUUCCUGCAGGCUCCACCCUGAUCUUCUACAAGUACUGCGACCAUGAGAACGCAGCCUUUAAAGACGUGGCCCUCGUCCUGACCGUCCUGCUGGAGGAGGAGACAUUAGCAGCAAGCGUAAGCCCCAGGGAAACAGAAGAGAAAGUGAGGGAUUUACUCUGGGCUAAGUUCACCAACUCUGAAACGCCAAGCUCCUUCAGCCACAUGGACUCAGACAAACUAAGUGGGCUGUGGAGUCGCAUUUCACACCUGGUGCUGCCCGUCCAGCCCGUCAAGAACAUAGAAGAGCACGGCUGCCUUCUGUGAAGCCUGGCCCAGCCCAGCUCCCGUCCCCUGGGGGAGGUGGUUAGCAUGUGGGAGGGGACAGCUGGGAAAAGCAGCUUUCUUCUUCUUUUUCUUUUUACUUUUAUGAACGCUUUCUAGACUAAACUUUGAUAAAGCCAACAAUUGGUUGGUUUUCUUUGCCUUUUUAAGCAAAUCAGGCCUAAAAUCCAACAUGAAUCAUAACACUGAAGGGUUGUUUAAAUCUCCAUGGGCAGAAUCACUGCAUAGGAAGAUCUGAUUUUCAGGGGAACCGAAGCAUGACCACUGCCUUGGGAGGACUCCAAAGAGCCUCGGACUAGUAAUUCCAAUAAUUUCAGGGAACUCUUCUGCCACUUAUUUAGUAUUUUUAAGAUUCACUUUAAUAAUUUAGUUGUGGGGUUGUGUCUUACACAGAUUUGCACUUUGAAUAGAUGAAAACAGGAAACUAAAAUUACCCUCCAAAUCCUACAUAAAAACUUGGUGCAUGUCUGCUUUUAUUCCAUUAAUGAGCUGAGGGAAAGACGGCUUUGUUAAAAGAAAGUGUUCCUGAGCAUUGGAAGCAAUGUAGUAGUUGGUAGGAGUCCCUGGAGGUGAGGAAAUCCCAACUGGCUGUGUCGUUUCUCUGUGCCCACCAGCAGCCCCUUGCUUCACAUGAGAACAUCUCUGCUCUUGGCAAAUGGAUUUGGGGUUCUCUGUUAAGAUUUCAGUGGUACUAAGUUUCACUGAGAAGGAAGUUUGAAAACCACUGAUGAAGUGAAAAGCAUAUUCUAAAGAUACAAACUCAGGUAGGAAGAGGUGAAAGUGGUAGAGCUUAUGAGUAGGGAGAUGAAGUGAGGUUGGUUGUAGAGGGUAGUAGAGACCUACAGAAGGCCUACUAUACUGUAGACUGUAGAGGCACAGGCUCUGGCUGGUUCAUUUCUGUUCAUUGCUUCUGCUGCCGCUGGCUGGAAUGUCUCAACUGUCUGUGAUGAGCAUUGAGUGCCGUUUCAGACGAGACGUCAGUGUCAGCUACUGGCAUAACUUUACCAAAUGGGAUUUGCUGUUCUCUGGUGGGAUAUCACGUUCGUUUCUUGACAGCUAGUUAGAAAUGCCAUUAGGGAAGGAAUUGGAGAAAUGCAAGAGGAUGUUCUACAUAGGGAAGAGAAAGAGAGAUUGUGGCCAACGGCACAUCCUGUGGUCCUGUGAUUCUUAGCCUGGGGCCAAUAGCUGCUGAUCCACACACAAACACUAAAGUAAAACUCUAGUAAAAUAACCCCAUCCACAAAGGUCUAUUCCAUUACGUGGACAGGAAUAGCCCUGGAAGUUUGCACUAGGUUUUGACUCGUCUGCUGCUAUGAGAUCAUGUAUAUAAUUAAGAAGUUAAGUAAUUGAGUGUGGAGGGAGUUUAGGGAACACUAAGAAGAUGUCUAUUGAUAGCUAAAAGGAUCACAAAGACCUGGGGUAGGGAGUGAUCUGAAAGUGUUUGUCACAGAAAGAUCAUAGACUGGCUUUGGACAGAGCCUUUCCUGCACUAGGGUGGAGGAACACAGGAAGAAAUGGUGCAUUUGCGAUUCUGAAGGACUCUUGCAAUAGAUUGAGAAAAGACCCUAAACACAAAGUUUAAGCAUAGUGAAUGGAAUUUGAGUGUCGACCCAGUGUAAAACACAGGGACUGGAGAAAAAUCUGUGUGAUAUUAUUUGUUUCUGUAUUUCUAGACUUCUAUUUGUUUGUUUUGAAAGCUAGUGGCUUGUUGUAUAGCCCUGGCUGUCCUGGUCCUCACUCUGUGGCCAAGGGGGCUUUGAAGUUAGAGUAAUUUCUCCUGCCUCGGUUCCCUGAGUGCUGGGGUUAUAGGUGUAUGCCACCAUACCUAGCUUUAAUCUCAGCCCUUAUCCAAGUAUCACUUCACAGAAAACCAAGGGUGCCUUCAGAACUUUGUGUUGGCCUUUGACCUGUGCUACCUCAGACUGCAGAGGAACCAGUCUAAAGUGUUUGUAUGCAGUCUGUGUCCAUGGCUCAGAUCAUGGGUGGAACAAGUUUCUUCAUUUGGUUGAAUAUAGUUUUACAUAAUUUGCUGUCAACAUAAAUUUAGGAUAUAAUACAUUUCUAAAAUUUAAUUAAUUUCAUUUUUUUUACUGUCGACUGUUAAAAUACUUUUCAUUCUAUACAUUAGUGCAAUCAACUGAGACUUGUCAGUUUUCUAUCCACUAUUUCAAAACCCUUUUUUUAUUUAAUUUUUUUCAGUACUGGGGAUUGAAUUCAGGGCCUUAAUGUUCAAGGAAAGUGCUCUACCACUAAGCUACAUCCCCAGACCUUUUAAAAAUUAUUUUGAAAAGAAUAAUAUAUUUAUUUGGGGUCAAAACAAAGGAUUUUCUGUUUUUAAUACAGAAUCCAACUACAUAGCCCAAACUAGUGGUUCUCAGGCCUUAGACUUCUAACUUCUACAUAAUAGAAUUAUAGAAGUGUGCUACUACACCAGCUUCAUGUAAUUACUUUUUAAACAAAAAUAUGUUUUAAAAUGUACAUAUAAUUAAAAUCUAACCUGAGCUGGGUGGUGGUGGCACACACCUUUAAUCCCAGCACUCGGAAGGCAGAGACAGGUGGAUCUUUGUGAGUUCGAGGCCACCCUGGUCUACAAGAGCUAGUUGCAGGGCAGGCCUUAAGAGAAACCCUGUCUCAAAAACCAAAAAAAAAAAAAAAAAAAAAACAAUCUAUUAUCUGAUGUACUGCCUUCUAGUGCAUUGUUCUUCACAUUUUUCUUAUUUGUGAUAAUUUGCUUGACUUAGAAAAUUUGCGGCUACAUGACAGCAAACGUCAUGUUUGAACGUCACAGUUUAAUAUCACCAUACGUACAUAUUUACACACACACACACACACAUUAUUUGUUUGUUUAAUGGGAAUCCUUUCUUGAGUAAUACCAAGAAUCAAGCAGGGCGAGAAUUAGAAACUAUUUGGACUUGGAUUUUUCCCUUUCAGGUAAAAAAAAAAAAAAAAAAAAAAACUUUCAGAGAUUAAGAAGUUCUAGAGAGUUGUUACCACUGAAAUAAUUUUAGUAAAUUUUACCUGGAAGCCCUCAGGCUUAGGGUAGUGAGGCUCGGCCUGUGGCCCAACAGCUGGCUGAUGAUAGAGCAUUGUCUUGCAGCCCUUGGUUUGUAUUGAGCCUUGUGAGCUCUGAUGUUAGGCUGUGACUGACAGAUGUGGCCUGUGAAUGUGAGGAUACCGCAGCAAGAUGAUUUCACCAGCACCCUUACUUUCUCUGUCUAACCAAGAUUUCCUGACCACCAAUUUUGCCUUUAAUGUAUUUACCAAUUUAAUGGCUUUGACAGUAUUGAUGUGAGACCUGCUCGUGCCUCCAUGACUGCUUUUUGCAUAUGUUUCCGUAUUGAUAAUGUUGACUGUGCCUUAUUCAAAUCAAUUUCUGGUUGAUACACAAAUAAAUUUCCUUAAUUUUU